AUGGUCACCAAGGCCAGCUCCAAGGCCAGCAAGGCCGGCUCCAAGGCCGGCGAGGCCUCCGCCGGGCUGUCCGCGCCGCUCUCCGUCGCAUCUGUCCGCGCGACGGAGGAGCGACUGCUCGCAGACCGGCGGCACGCGAACGAGCUGAUUGACCUGCUCGCGGCGUCGGCGUCCGCGGCAGACGUGUCCGUCCGGCUCGCCGCGACGCAGGCGUGCCGCGCGCUCUUCGUGGCCUGGGCAGAGGCGGGAAGCCUCCCGCUCGGCGCGGAGGAGGCUGCCGCCGAGCCGGCGGACGAGGCUGAAGCGCGGCAGGCGUCCGCGCUCGAGGCGUACCGCGAGUGGCUGCGCGACAAGUACGACCGCUUCGUGGCGGCGCUCGGCUCGCAGCUCGGCGCGGCGGCGGAGUCGCCCGAGCUGCGCGUGCUCGCGCUCGACUCGCUGAUGCUGCUCGCCUCGGCGGAGGUGCGCCUCGCGCGGCCGGGCGCCGCCUGCCCGUACUACGCGGCGCUGGGCGCCUCUCGCGGCGCCCUCGGGGCGGGCAUGCUGGCGAUGGCCUCGGCCAAGGCGGCGCUGCCUCCGCCCCUCCUCGAGCGGAUUGCCCGUGCGCAUGCUUGCAAGCUCGACGUCGGCCUGCACCUGCUCCGGCACGUGCAGCGCCUCGCGCGCCCGCAAGCGGCGGCCGCGGACGGCGGCGGCGGCGAGCGCGCGGAGCGGCUGCUGCAGCUGCUGCUGCUCGUCACUCCCCCGGCGGAGGACGUCCUUCCCGAAGAGGCGCCCCUCCUCGUGCCGCCCGCCCAGGACCCCGCCGGCUGGCCCGCACCGGCGCGCAGCCUGCUGCAGCGCAAGCGGCACGUCAAGGAGUUCUGCGGCGCGUGGCGCGCGCUGCUCGCGCUGCCGCUGCCCGCGCGCGCGCACCGGAGGGUGCUGGCGGCCCUCCCAGAGGCGGUGCUUCCCCACGGCCUCUUCGUGCUCAUGACGCGCCACAACCUCGAGUACCCGCGCUUCUACACCCAGCUCUACUCCCUCGUCACCCUCCCCUCCCUCGGCGGUGCCAACCGCGCGACCUUCGCACUCGAGCUCGACCUCUUCCUCUCGUCGGCCGGCUUGCCCGCAUACGUCUCUGCAGCCUUUGCCAAGCGGCUCGGCCGCCUCGCCCUCCUCGCCCCGCCGCCGGCGGCAGCGCUCGCGUGCGGCCUCGCGUACAACUUGCUGCUCCGCCAGCCCGCCGCGCGCGCGCUCAUCCACCGGCCGGCCGCCGACGCCGACGCCGCCGCGGCCGAGGACCCGUACGUCGCCGCCGAGGCCGAGCCGCGCGAUUGCCGCGCCUUCGACUCGUGCCUCUGGGAGGUGGACACGCUGCGGUCGCACUUUUGCCCCUCCGUCUCGUCGCUCGCCGCGCUGUUUGCACGGCCCUUCACGCAGUCCACGCCGCCGGUUGAGUUGGCGCCGCUCGCCGCGCUCUCGGCCGACUCGCUGAUCCGCGUCGAGACGCAGCGCAAGCUCAAGCGGGCGCCCAUCGCCACGGCGCCGGCGGAGCCGCCGCCGCGCCAUGCAAAGCUGUGGGUGCCUUGA